GAAGGAAAAGGAAAGUGGAACUGUGGAGGAAUAAUAGAAAAGAAAAGGGAGAGGAGAAAAAAAAAAAAUUAACAGUUUCGAAAAAAAGAGAGAUAAAGAGGAAAGGAAAAACUUUCCCUUUUACCAAACAGAAGAAAGUGCAAGCUGGAUUAUAUUCCGUUAGAUUCCCCCUAACUGAUACCACGCUCUCAGCUUUGAUUUCCAAAUUGGAACCAGACAAAUUGGUGGGUUUGGUUUGGUAUAUCACCUGGGUUUGAGCCCUCCAUUCACAUCCCAAGCAAGGUUAGUGGGCUGCCCUGUUUGCUCUUUCAGUUUCUGGCUUUUGUUCUCAGGAGAUUUGGUUGGUGUUGAGGUGGUUUUAGCUGUGUUUCUGGUGGAGAUCUUGGUGAUCUUUGGUGGGUCUUUGACCUUUCUGGGUUUUAUUGCUAAAGCUUUGAUCUUUGGCCAGAAUAGUAGCAAUUCCAGGGCCUAUUUGCUGUAGCUUGUAUGUUUUCUGAUGAACCCAGAUAGGGAAUUUUAGCUUGGCCUUAAAAAAAUUGGAUCUUGAUCCUUUAGAAGCUUGGUGGGGGUAGAACACUAGAACAGUGGUUAAAUUAGGGUUGUGAGUGUGUAGAGAAGAGUUGCUAUUUUGGGGGUUUUCUUUCUUGUUCUUUCCAAUUUCAGUAAUUUAUGGUUGGAUAGACACCAUCUGGUUGCUGUGGAGAUCUGGGAAUUGCUUCAUCUGUUAUGUCCCAUGAGGACUUUCUUCCCUUCAGAGUCAUGUAGGGAAAGUCAGGUGAAAGCCAUCAAUCCACAGUCAUGGCUGCAAGUUGAGAGGGGCAAACUUGCCAAAUUCGCCUCUCGGUCGCCUUCUUCUAUGGACUCUCUGAUUAAGGUGCCUGAGCCUCCAAUUCUACCGUACUUUAAACCCGUUGACUAUGUAGAGGUUUUGUCCCAAAUACAUGAAGAACUCGAGUCGUGCUCCCCGGACAAAAGGUCAAAUCUAUAUCUGCUGCAGUUUCAGGUGUUUAAGGGUCUCGGGGAAGUGAAGUUGAUGCGGAGAAGCCUCCGUUCUGCUUUUUUGAAAGCUGAAACGGUGUAUGAUAAGCUCGUGUUUGGGGCGUGGUUGAAGUAUGAGAAGCAAGGUGAAGAGUUCAUUUCCGACUUGCUCGAGUCUUGUGGUAAAUGCGCGAAGGAGUUUGGGGUGAUAGACGUAGCUUCUGAGAUACCUCCCGUGGAAUUCUUCAAGUCUCCUCCUGCAUCUUCGGUUGCAUUCGAGGAUUCUGUUUCGAGUACUGUUACUUUUCAAAUUGAGCACGACAAAAUCGUGUGCGACAGGCACAAGAUCGCUAGCCUUUCAGCUCCUUUCCGAGCAAUGCUUAAUGGGUGUUUUAAAGAAUCGUUUUGUGACGAAAUAGAUUUGUCUGAAAACAACAUUUCCCCCUUGGCUAUGAGGCUGAUAAGUAAUUUUAGCCUCACGGGCACGCUGGACGAAGUAUCCUCGAAUCUUCUGUUAGAAAUGUUGGUAUUUGCCAACAAAUUUUGUUGCGAGAGUCUCAAGGAUGCUUGUGAUAGGAGACUUGCUUCUCUGGUUUCUUCUCGACAGGAUGCCGUGGAACUCAUGGAAUGUGCCCUUCAAGAGAAUUCCCCCGUCCUUGCUGCAUCGUGUUUGCAGGUCAUCCUCCGUGAACUCCCCGACUCUCUGAAUGAUAGUCAGGUAGUCGAGCUGUUUAGCAAGGCUAACAGGCAACAAAGGUCAAUUAUGAUCGGUCCGACUGCGUUUUCACUUUAUUGCUUGCUAAGUGAAGUUGCAAUGAGCCUAGACCCGAGGUCCGACACGGCUGCUCUUUUCUUGGAGCAGUUGGUCGACUCGGCAGAAAACAGCCAGCAGAAAAUGGUGGCUUAUCAUCAACUGGGAUGCGUUAGAUUCCUUAGAAAAGAACACGACGAGGCUGAAGUUCACUUCGAGGCCGCAUUACAUUCAGGCCAUACUUAUUCUGUUGUUGGUUUGGCUAGAAUAAGUCACAUUAAGGGUCAUAAAAUGUGGUCGUACGAGAAACUCAGUUCUAUCAUUUCUUCCUUGAAUCCCCUCGGGUGGAUGCACCAAGAGCGGUCGUUAUAUUGCGAAGGAGACAUGAAGUGGGAAGAUCUCGAGCGAGCUACAGAACUGGACCCCACUCUGACUUACCCAUACAUGUAUCGGGCUGCAUCUUUCAUGAGAAAGCAAAAUGCUCAAGCUGCCCUUGCAGAAAUUAACCGGGUCCUCGGGUUCAAACUAGCGUUGGAGUGUUUGGAACUCCGGUUUUGUUUCUACCUCACUAUCGAAGACUACCAAUCAGCCAUAUGUGAUGUUCAAGCAAUCUUAACUCUUAGCCCGGAGUAUAGGAUGUUUGAAGGACGGGUUGCAGCUUUGCAACUCCGCACGCUCGUGAGAGAGCAUGUCGAGAACUGGACAGAAGCCGACUGUUGGCUGCAAUUAUACGAGCGGUGGUCCUCAGUCGAUGACAUUGGAUCCCUCUCGGUGAUAUAUCAGAUGCUCGAAUCUGAUUCCCCGAAAGGGGUUCUCUACUUCAGACAAUCUCUACUGUUACUUAGAUUGAAUUGUCCAGAAGCAGCGAUGCGGAGUUUACAGCUAGCUCGCCAACAUGCAUCUACUGAACACGAACGCCUAGUUUACGAGGGCUGGAUCUUAUAUGAUACUGGCCAUUGUGAAGAAGGCCUAAGGAAAGCCGAGGAAUCUAUAAACAUCAAGAGAUCUUUCGAAGCGUUUUUCCUGAAAGCAUAUGCAUUGGCUGAUUCUAGCCUCGAUCCAUCUUGUUCAUCAACCGUUAUAUCACUUCUAGAAGAAGCUUUGAGGUGCCCUUCGGAUAGGCUUCGGAAAGGUCAGGCGCUAAACAAUCUUGGUAGUGUCUAUGUUGACUGUGAAAAUCUAGACGCUGCAGCUGAUUGCUACAUCAAUGCCCUCAAAAUUCGACAUACCCGAGCUCACCAAGGCCUCGCCCGUGUACACUUCCUGAGAAAUGAGAAGAUGGCUGCCUACAACGAGAUGACCAAACUGAUUGAGAAGGCCAAGAACAAUGCGUCUGCCUACGAGAAGAGAUCUGAGUACUGCGAUAGGGACCUCACGAAGGCAGAUCUCGAGAUGGUCACUCGGUUAGAUCCUUUGCGGGUUUACCCAUACAGAUACAGAGCUGCAGUCUUGAUGGACAACCGAAAGGAGAAGGAAGCCAUUGCAGAACUAACGAAGGCGAUUGCAUUCAAAGCCGACCUUCACCUCCUACACCUUCGCGCUGCAUUUCACGAGCACAUUGGCGACGUUAUGGGCGCGCUGCGCGACUGUCGGGCCGCUCUCUCGGUCGAUCCGAAUCAUCAAGAGAUGCUGGAACUGCAUAGCAGGGUGCACACUCAAGAGCCUUGAAGAAGGAAACUAGGAAAGUCAUCAUCCCUGAAGUUUGGGGACCCAAAACAAAAAUGUUAAGAGGGAGAAAAUUCAGUUUUUUGAAUUCUCUCCAGCAUUGUCUAUCUUAGUGACAAAAUUUUGUACUGUAAUAUGCUUCCAUUUUUUUGUUAAUAUAAGCUCUAAUUUAAUGAGAAAAACCAGUUCACUCAAA